AUGUCGCGGCCAGUUCGCAUCUUUGGGCUAAUGAUGAUGGUCUACCCAGAAUCUCAAGGCUUGCCAGGUGAUGUCAACGAUGGUGGUGGUGAUGAUAACAGUGAAGAACCAGGGAAUUCCCACCGUUCUGACCCUCCUUCACCCUCGUGCAAGAGCAGUAAGAGCACAGAUGAAAAUAAGACAGAGAAUCUGGGAGAACCCACAUCUUUCACAACUCCUGGGGACUCUUACAUGGUGAAAGAUAAACAGGUGGGGUUGGCCAAUCAUGAACUGAGGCUUGAGAAGGAAAAUCAGGAGUUUCAGGAACCAUUUUACCAAGACAUGAGAAUGUCCGACAGCUUGGCUGGAGAUGAGAAGCCCAGCCCGACCUACCACCUUCCUGGGCAUCAGCCGUUUCCUGCCCCCCAAAAGGCCGGUACAGCACCAAGUGGCUUCCAUGACUCUCUCCAGCACAGCUCAGGCCAGCACCUGGGGACAGAGGCCGCUGCCACACAGGCCCAUGUCAGUGACAAUUACGUGGGACAGCCAGAGAGCACCACGGGAGCGGAGCCCCAGGUGCUGCGCGAGGAGGGCGGCGAGGACAGCAAGGAUGGAGAGUCGCAGCCCCUGCAGCCGACCUACUACUCACUGUGGCAGGAGAACAGCAUCCUCAGGUCGGAGUAUGGAAUGCUCAGGAAUGCGAACGUCAUGCUCGAGGCGGAGAAUUUUACACUCAGGCAGGCGUUCAAACGGCUCAAGAAGGACAGGGCUGUGUUCGUGGGGGAGGAUGUCAUGCUCAGGGAAGAAUACAAAGUGCUCAGGGAACAGUAUGACAGGCUCCAGGGAGAGAAUGCUGCACUCAGGAAGGACAAUGCCAUGGCCGGGACAAUGUUUAAGAACUUCCAGAACAACUUGAAGAGACAGGCGUGCAUGGUGGCGAGCCUGAAGGAUCAGCUGAAGAUCAGCCAGGCUGAACGAGAGCGGGAAUCCCAAGAGCUCCAGUCCUUAGUCCGCCAGACUGAGUGUUAUCUUCAGCUAGAGACCCAGCGCGCCCUGAAUGCCGAAACAAACGUGGAGAGGCUGAAGCAGCAGAUCUUUAUUCUCCAAGGACAGCUGGAGAGAUGCAAGCUGGAGAAUGAAAAACUGAGAACAGACUGGCCGGAAGCAGUGAAGCACAGCUUAGACUUCACCAGGCAAAACUCCCACAAACUCAUAAUGGGCAAUGACGCCUCCCUCAGGCAGUUCCUGCCUCAGAAAUGCUGCCCAUUGUUACUGAGGUUCUUGAAUCCACCAGAAAAAUUCCCAAAUUUUAAGCAUAGAAAGAUCUAUGAGUGCAGUUCUGUGUGA